CCACAGCACUAGACUUCAGAUUCCUUCAACUAAACCAUAGAAAAUAGCAAAGUGCUUUUGUUUGAUAUCCGUCAAUAUGCAAAUAACGCGAUGGCGAAACUUUUUGUCCAUGAAGAAUCACAUUAUUCCCUCCGUUUCGCAUUUCUCUGCUUUUCAUUCCACUCCUUGUUCCUGUCAUAAAUGGAAGAGUAACCCCGAUAUAGGAGGACAGAAACCAUCUAAGGUGCCAUGUGCGAAUGGUCUGAAUCUGGGUCUUACUAAAUUUCCUAAUAAGAAGAUAUCUGAGAUCAGAACAAAACAAAAUCAAAUCAAAUUUGUUACCCGUCAAAAGCGUGCUGAUGCAAAGAAAGCUCUAAAACAUCUCCUUUACAAUAGUGGAUCCUCUAAAUUUUCAUUUGAGGACAAAGAAACAAAACGGAAACAUGAUGGAAACUCUGGGGAUCGUUCAAAUAGCUAUUCCAAUAAUGGUCAACCAAAGUCUGGCCAACGGUUUGGUGGAAAACCACAAAAGAAAACUACAAGAAAAAUCAGAAGAGAAAGUUUCUGUGAGGAUGUUGAUGGCCAUCCUGAACAAAUAUUUCAGGCAACAUUUGGUAACAGAUGGUAUACGUGGUCCUUCAGCAAUAUGCGGGGAUCUUCUUCUGAACAAUCCACAUACGGGUUUGAAUGGCGAGAAAAUGCAAGUAGGACAAACAAGUGGAAAACUGCGAGCGAUGAUGAGAAUGAUGAUAAUGAUAAAGAUGACAAUUCGUGCUGUGUAGGGUCGAGUUCUGAUAGAACUAUUCUUGGUUUGCCUCCAACAGGUCCAUUAAAGAUAGAAGAUGUUAAAAAUGCUUUCCGAUUAUCAGCUUUAAAAUGGCAUCCUGAUAAGCAUCAAGGCCCUUCGCAGGCAAUAGCUGAAGAAAAAUUUAAAUUGUGUUUAAAUGCAUACAAGACAUUAUGCAGUGCUCUCUCCCCAGCAUAGGAGGCAAUAUGACUUACCAAUGUUUCAUAGUCGUUAUUAUCUCCAACAGAGCUGGUCACCGGUGUAGUUGUGUAGGAUCAAAUUAAUUGGUUGUACUAUAAUUUUUUUUGGUACAAUAAUUGUUUGUAUUUUAUUAACAAUAAAGUCCUGAUUUUUUUCCUCUCUAUUUAUGUUACCCAAAGUGCUUACUCUAACUAGAAGAGUAGUGAAGGGUGUUCAGUCAGAAAAAUUCAUUUUUUUAAAUGCAAAUUUUAAUUA